AUGGGCAAGAUGGGUAUGGCCCGGUCGUGGACCGUCUUCUCACGGCCCCGCAAGACCCUGUAUCUCGUUCUCUCCCUGAUUCUGGUCUACGGGUUGGUGGUCUCAUGGAGAAACGCUUGGAGCCUCGCGUUGGUGCUGCGAAAGACCGACAUCGUCACGGACGGCCGGGUAAUUGGUGUGGUGCUGCGACUGAGCGGCGUCGAGAUCAAACAGUUGGGCGAGGAAGGGUUUGACGAAAACCAGCUGCCCUUUGACGAUGUGAAUAUUACGCAACGAAAGAGCGAUGACGAGAUCCGGAGAGAGUUUGACACGGAGUUCGAAGAGACGGGAAAACACCCCGGAGCAGGAAAGUUCUACGGCGGCACGCUGUCGAAUCUCGCAGCCCCAGCAAAUGCCAAGAAGACUAAAAUCGCCGUUAAGCUCACAAAGUGGAAGACGGCACCGAGCUUCAGCACCGAGCGCCCGUUCAAGAUGGAUCCCUACCCAAACUACAACUCGUGGUCAUGGCGGCGGUCGGGCAAGGCGCGUUAUGUACCUUGCAAAGGUCCGCUAGGCCGGUCUGUCGCGGACGUGUCUGCUUUUGUAGGACUUCCUGACGGGUUUCCUUCGCCCAGUAUCGGAAGCUACGACGUGUUCGCCAUUGACCAGCAUCUGUGCUACGAACGAGACACCCGGCUGGGCAUCUACGCUCUGGCCGAUGGCACGCGCGACGAGAUCGACUGGGGAGACGUGCAAAUGGACUGCGUCGACCGGAACCAGGCACGCUUCGACCUCGUGGGCCCGCCCAACGACCUGGUGACGACUGUGUACGGCGAGAUUCCUGCCGUGGACACCGGCGUCUCGACGGAGCGUCACAAGCUUCGCCGACGGACGCCAACUGUCGAUGCACUGGAUGAAGAAACCAACAACGAAAAUGGCCAACGGAGGUCGCUGACCGAGGCUGUACACGAACAGCGGACGGCCAUCCUACUGCGGUCGUAUACGGGCAAGAAAUACACGGAAAACGACCGAUAUAUCAUCCGUGCGCUCGUCGCGGAGCUGAGCCUGCGAUCGGGCGGUGAGUACCAGGUAUUUCUCCUUGUGCAUGUCAAGGACGAGGGUGUCAACCUGUGGGACAACCAGACGUACGAAACGUAUCUGCAGGAGUCCGUGCCCAAGGAGUUCCUGGGUAUGACGCUGCUGUGGAACGACGAUUUUGUGCAGGAAACGUACCCCAAACUCGAAAAGGGUUACGAGGCAAGCGUGCACAAUGCGCAGUGGCUCUCGGUGCAAAAAUUCAUGCAGGAGUUCCGCGAAUUUGCGUUCGUCUGGAACUGGGAGAUGGACGCGCGCAUCACGGGUCACGCCUACGACAUGCUUGAGAAACUCGGGCAGUUUUCCAAGCGCCAGCCUCGUCGGGGCCUGUGGGAGCGCAACGAGCGGUACUACAUUCCCGGCUACCACGGCGUCUACGACACAGACUUCCGGCUAUCCGUCGAGGCCAUGUCGAAGAAGAGUGCCGUAUGGGGCCCUCCACCGGACACGCCGUUCAUCAACCCUAUCGGCCCACGACCACCCACCACCGCGCCUCACGAUGACAAGUUUAAAUGGGGUGUCGGAGAAGAUGCCGACCUCAUCACACUGUCGCCUUUGUUCGACCCCAAGGGCAGUGGCUGGGUGCUCGGCGACCAAGUAUGGUCGUACGACGACGUAAACCACACCUCCGAGUCUCUGCCGCGACGCGGUGCCAUUGUGACGCAGUGCCGUCUGUCGCGGCGACUCCUCGAUAUCAUGCAUGUUGAAAACCUGCGCGGGAACCACGUCGGGUCCGAGAUGGCGCCCGGCACGGUGGCUCUGCUACAUGGCCUCAAGGCGGUCUAUGCGCCCAUGCCCAUUUUCAUGGACCGGCCAUGGGCGCCCGAGCGGCUUGCGCGCUGGUUCAACAACGGCCCGCGCGGCGGUUCUUCCGGUGGGCCCGACAGUGCCAUGGGCUGGGGACGGGAAGGGCGGUUCCGCGGCAGCACUUGGUACUACCGCGCCGACCCACCGCAGCGACUGUACAGCAACUGGGUGGGUUACGAGGACAACGGAGUUGGAGGCCUGGAGUGGGAGAUGGCGCAUGGACGGCCGUGUCUGCCGGCAAUGUUUUUGCACCCGGUCAAGGAUGUGGUGCCGACAAGUCCGGGCUACGGCAGCGAGUCGAGGUUGCCAUACUGA